UUCAACGAUGAUAAUGUACACAGAGAUUGGAUACAGGGUGAGAAGUGGACGCUGGUGAAUGUGCGAGGAAGUGUAAGUCUCCCAAGGGACAUGAGAGAGAGAGAACCUGAAAGCGGCAGAAACGAGCUCUCGGGCGGUCACCCUGCAGGUGGAGGUGUUAGACAAGCGAUGGAGUGGAAAGAGCAGGCGGAUCCUGACCAUGUCUUGGCAUUCAGAGACGCUCAGCGAUGGCUAGAAGAGGUUACUGGAAAGAGUUUUGGCAACAAAGAUUUUCGAUCAGCACUAGAAGAUGGAGUCUUGCUGUGCGAACUAGUUAACAAGAUAAAACCAGGUGUCACUAAAAAGAUCAACCGCCUGUCCACGCCAAUAGCUGGUCUGGACAACAUUAAUGUUUUCCUGAAAGGCUGUCAAAAACUUGGUUUAAAAGAAGCCCAGCUGUUUCACCCAGGAGAUCUACAGGAUUUAUCCAGUCGUGUCACUGUCAAACUUGAAGAAAAUCAGAGGAGGCUAAAAAAUGUUCUGAUCACAAUAUAUUGGCUUGGUAGAAGAGCACAGCAUGAGCCUCAUUAUAAUGGACCGUACCUUAACCUGAAAGCAUUUGAAGGGCUACUUGGGCAGACUCUGACGAAGGCACUUGUGGACUCUGGCAGUCUGAAACGCAGUGGACGAGACAGUGGAUACUGUGAUAUCUGGUGUACGGAAAGGAAUGAGUCAAUAUCGCCACAGCGCAGGCAUAGAAGAGACGAUUCACUUGAUAGUUUAGACUCACUUGGGUCAAAGUCCAUCGCCAGUCUUUCAUCAGACAUAACAUUAAAAGGCAGUAGUGAAGGUGGUGGGAGUGACGUUGAGUCAGACUAUCUAAACAACAAGACCAUGGAUGGAGCAAAGAAUGACAUGUCACUUCGCAGGACCUCCACUUCUGAGUGUAAGCCUGUUGUGCCCUACAACCAAUUCCUGCCAACAAAAAGCAAACCUGCAACUUAUGUUCCAGCUCCACUGAAGAAAAAGCGAGCGGAAAGACAUGAAGAUAACAGAAGAAGUUGGGCAAGCCCAGUGUUUACAGAAAAUGAUGGAACGUUUUCAAGUAGAAAAGAGAAAUCUCUGAAGGAUGAAACCGUUGCUGAUGACGUGGGUACAUGUAAACCUUCGACAAAAGGUGAUGGUGGAUCAUCUGAAGAAUUACCACAUGUUUACUCUGACUCUGAUUCUGGAUCAGAUAAUGAAAGAAGGGAGCCUGAUCCCUUGCUGGACGACUUUGCACGUCGGAAAUUUGGUACACCCCUUGGUUUUGUAAGGCACACGCCUCUUCGACUGGACAAAACUUUACCAGUGCCGCCUUGUCAAGCUUCUCCUUCAACUGAGAGCUUCACUCCUUUAGUAGAAGAGAACGAGAAAUCUGGAAGCCAAAAGCAGCCAAGUGUCUGUGUGGUGAAUGAAGAAUCCGCAAAAGCUCCCCAACCACUUUGGGAUGAAUCCGCUUCUGAGGAAGAACAAGAUGCCAGUCCGGACAUUGAAAAGGAUGACCUGUUCACACGUAAACUGAACCCAAUGUUACCAGUGAAAAGUGUGACCUUUGAUAGAUUCCUACCAAAGAAUUGGACUGCAAAGGAAGAACAACAAUGGAGACAAAUCCAGUUGGGUUCUCGAAGCAGACCUUGGUAUAAGGAGCUUCAGUACAUCAGAAGGAAGCCGUCUGAGUUGCAAGAGGAUGCCAACUACUUCACCAUUAACAAAGCUAGCUCUGAAAAGACACAGGAGUCCGACACUGAACAUUGCUGUAGGGAUGAUUCACAGCCUAACACACACACUAUAAAAUCUGCAGCAUCUGUCUGCCGAGGAUGGGUGGCAGGUGUCACUCGCACUAUAGAUGAACAAAGCCUGUUUCCACUACGUCAAGCUCUAGAUGCAAGUGCUACUUAUUCUGAAUUGGCAGACUUCUCGGUUUCCAAACCAAAGGUCGACCCAGCUGCAGGUCCUAGAAUUCUAAGACAGAAACAAAAUUCCUCCCUGACCCAGCAGUCCCAUUCUGCCAAGCAGGAGGACGAAGCCAACCAAGACUUGGAACCAGAUUUGGAAAAUGAUGACAUGUUCAGCCGUAAAACUGGUGCUUUUCACGCAAAUCCUGACCUGAAACCCUUGUGCUGUGAGGAUCGAACCAAUACCGGAUCAAAUGACUCAAUUGAGCGUCUCGUUGCGCAGGAACGAAGGGAUAAAACUAUAAUUCCGGAUCCCGAGAAAGACGAUGUGGUUCUUAGGAAAGAACGCUUCUCUCAAACGAAGCAAAUGCCGCCCUCAGGUGCUCCAGACAUCUACAAUCCGAUUCCUUUUCCAGAUUUCUCGAGCUUGCCUGUAUCUCUCCGCUCCAGGUUCCUUUGCCCACCUGACCAAGUUUCUGAGGAGGCAGAAAUGUGUGUGAAUGCAUUGCCGUGCCCAGUAAAGGAUGACAUGCUCUCUCGUAGAAUGGCUUUGUCCCAGGCUAACCAAACAGUACACUGUCGAAACUUUGCUCCUGGCUCAUGUAGUGAGGAGGAUGCAAAGACGUGGGAGACUAUAAGGGAGGCCAGCAGAUUAAGAUACAAGAAGCGGCAGCUGGUUGAGAGACUUCUCCAAAGGUCAGCUGAUAGUGAUUUAGGGAGUAAAUCACUCAACGACGUGUCUGAAGAAUCCACUGGAAUUCCUAAAUCACUGAGAUAUGAGGAGUUACAGAAAAUGAAGGCUGCUCUGAAGGACCAAGACCAGCAAUGGCAGAGUGACUUGGCAAAAUGGAAGAAUCGACGCAAAAGUUACACUUCAGACCUACAGAGGAAGAAGGAUGAAAGAGAAGAAAUUGAGAAAAUAACAAGUGGGGAGAAUGCUAGACCCACAAAGACAUUCAAACAAAUGAGGGAAGAAAGAGAGCUCAGACAGGAGGGAUCAUAUGGCGGUGACCAAACUGAUUACAGAAAGCUCAACUCUUCUGACGAAGAAGUGUUUGCUGAAGAGACAAAACCCCCAAGACGUUUUUACGCAAAGAGCGCUACAGUGGCGAGUGAAGCCCCUUUCACUUCCCAGAGGAAUGAGGUGGUUUCCUCAGCACCUCUAGCUCAAGCCUCAAGGAGCAAGACAUCAGAAUUGAAAAGCACAGACAACGAUCAGUCAGGAAAACAAAGCUCUGCUCCCUAUGCCCGCCAUGCAAUGGAUCGCAAAACUGAAUCAACCAAGGUUUCAAAUUCCCUGCCGAGGAAUUACCAAGCACCUGAUGUAUCCAGGAUUGGACCUGUUGUCGUGCCAAGACCCUAUGGCACACAAUCUAAAAGGCUCUCCUCCCUCACUAGAUCUUAUCCGUUGCAAGAUGAAUCGCUUAAAUAUAACGGAGAUGCAAAUGGCCUAAAAACCUCACACGGAGCACCAAGUUUCUUUUCCAAGCCAGAAGCACAAGAAUACAAGAGCAGUGGUGGGGUCUUGCCAAAGAAAGAAGAGGGAGUGACGUGGGUCAACACUUCCUGGAAAAUGGAGGAAAAGAGAUCGGUGCCGGUCAAUCUUACCUCAAAAUCGGAAAAUGAUGCGUAUGCGAGAAGCAACCUUUUACCAAAGCAAGAGGAGGAUGACCAAUCACAGGCCAGUUCUGUAAUGAGCAGUAAUGAGGAAGAGGAGGAGGAAGAACAAGAAAGGGCUCCAUCUCUUAUUAAGAAUAACUUUCCCCAAGAGUCAAAGCCUGACACCACUACUGGCCCUGUAACAAUGAAUUCUUUUACAAAAACAAGCAGCUUGCCUACAGCCCUGGUUACCACAGCAGCCACGCAACAGGGACAGUACGGUAACACGCGAAUAGUUAUUAAUCAGAGGCCGAACAGUGAUCGUGACUUUGGAUUCACAACCAUUUGGAACUCUACGGGUAUAUCUGUCAAAUCAGUCGAACGAGGGGGACCAGCAGAAUUUUGCCAAUUGCAAGUGGGUGAUGAAAUCAUUUCUGUCAAUGGUAAUGCUGUCGCUGACAUGAGCCAUCAGGCUUGGAUGGAUGCCAUUGAGGGCGCAAACCAGAGCGGAAACCUGAACAUGGAAAUCAGAAGAUAUGAGAACAGUCUUGCUCCUUGUCGUAGCAACACCUACGUUCCGAUCACUCGAAGGGAAAGAAGCUGUAUAAGUGAGACAGAAUAUGCUAACUUCAAUGAGCCUACUAGAUGGGACGAUGCUGGACUGAUCACUGUGACCAACAAGAGCCAAUCCUUGAAUCGAUCGAUGGAGGUUGACAAAUCAAAAAGGGAACAGGAAAAUUUGCUGGAGGAUGAAAAGCCAAAAGCGUUUGAGCCCCUUAGCCUGAGAAACUUUAAAAGGCGGUCCCAAUUUUUUGAACAAGGGGGAUCUGAAUCUGCAAUGAAUGAUCUACAAAUUCCAUCAAUUAGUGUUUCAAGUCGAUGGUCUUGGAAUCCUGAGGAGGAGAGAAAGCGCCAGGAAAUAUGGCAGAAAGAGCAGGACCGAUUGUUACAGGAAAAAUACCAACGUGAGCAGGAGAAACUACAGGAAGAGUGGAGAAAGGCUCAGAAAGAAGCUGAGCAAGAAGGCUCCAAGUACUAUGAAGAGGAGCGCAGGAUGCUACAGGAAACAAGCACUCCGCAAUCCCCAUCAAAUACUGUGGAUGGGCCUGUAGAGUUCAAGCCCCAGUAUACUUCUCGAAACUGGAUUACAUCAUGGAAUAACCAGGAAUCUGAGGACGAAUCACAGGAACUGGGAGACGUAGAGGAUUGGCACAGAAGUGAUGAUGACGAGGCAAGGCAGCGAGAGGAAUUACGGUUACAAGAAGAAAGAAGGCGUCAAGAAGAAGCAGCAGAUUGCCUUGAGCAGGAGAGAAAACUGCACGAGAAAGAACGUGAACGGCAAGAACAAUGGCAUCGUGAGCAAGAACGACUUAAAGAAGAGAAGAGGCAGAGGCAACACGCAGAACAAAGGACCUGGUUAGCAGAAACUGAAAGAACAGAGGAAUAUCAGCCCCAGUGGGCAAAGUCCAAGUCUACCUCUGACCUUGAUGAGCGUAUGCCUGCCCAGGGACAUGAUGUAGGUGUGAAACCAGUGGGUGGUGUGGCCCAGUGGCUGCUUGAGGAAGAAAAUCUCCGCAGGCGACAUGGGAAGACACAGGAAGCUACACGUGUUGAAUUGGAAACUGAGAGGCUGAAAAUCCUUAAUCAGAUGAAAUAUGCUGACCCAGAGAGAGGUGAUGUGAAGAGCAAAGCCCCAGACAACUCGUGGAUUAAGAGUGAAAUGCGAUCAAAAUCUUCACAACAAAAAGAGCCACCACUCUCGUACGCUGAACAAGAACGACAGAAAAUCCUACUGGAAAUGCGGAGAAAGACCCAGCUCCUGAAUGACAAUAGCUGGAUUAGGCAGCGUAGUGCCAGUGUUGCGACUAAGACUGCACCUAGCAAUUAUGGAUCAAUGAGAAGAGGUGAAUCUUUAGACAACUUGGAUGCCCCAAAUGCAAACAACUGGGGAUUGACUACAGAGCCAGCACAUUCCUCAGGAAAAGGAUCCAGUUAUUACCCAGUCUCCACUUCAAACCGAUCUUACUUGCGCACUGCAUCAUCAACCUUACCACCACAAUCCACUGGAUCUUUGAGAACAGCAUCAUGGACCAAGAAUCCUUCUGUUGCACCAACUAGUCAGCCCCAGAUACCAAGCAACAGCCAGUCCCCUUUUUGUUCUGUAUCCAGGUCAAUAAGUGGAAAGAAGAUCUGUUCAUACUGUGAUAGUCCUCUGGGCAGAGGAGCUGCCAUGAUCAUCGAGUCUCUUGGUCUUUGUUAUCACUUACAUUGUUUUAAGUGCAUCUCGUGUGGCAUUGACCUUGGGGGUACAGAAUCUGGAGCAGAGGUCCGAGUACGGAAUAACAGACUCUACUGUAAUGCCUGCUACAUCCAGUUCAAAGCUGGACAGUCUGUGCCAAUUUGAGGAAACUCCAAGAAGUUGAAAGAUAUUCCUACACAUACCAGAGGAGAAUCUUGGCUCAACGCUAUAACUUAGAUACUCCGCAUGAAUGAAAAAGUUAAAUCUUUUUGCUUUUGAUGGCCAGGGUGUAUCAAAUAAUGUGACUCAUGUGAAAUUUUAACUUUUAUCACAAUUUGACUGCAAAUGGGAUGACUACUCAAUUUAAAUGACUUUAAAUUUGUUUCCUUAAAGACUAAGCAUGUACAGUAGAAAAGGGAAUGCAUGGUGUAUGAUACCAAAAGUGUUUGUGAUUCAUAGCUUUUAUUUAUCAAGCUGAUGAGCUGUUGGUAGAUGGGCAAGGAAGCCAACUUGGCCAUUGUGUUUAUAUUGCUUCUUGUAGAGCACAAUUAUGGUUUAUAUAAAAGUAUUCUCCUCAAUGUAUCUGUCUUGAAACUAUGAUAGAUCUCUCAUGUUGCAGUAAGUUAUCUCAGUACAUAUGUUUGCUAUGUGCAUUUGCAUAAUAUUUCUGAGUGACUAUAUAUGGAAAAAAUUCAAUAUUUUCUAAAAUGAGGGACAGGUUAAAAGAAAGACGACAUGCACAUGUUGCAUGUGUGUUAAAUGUACAGACCUCUGAUAUUAAGGAGCUUCAAAGACAAAAUCAAAAUUUCUGUGAUUUACUCUUAGCUUUGUGGAACUGAUGGAUAUCAGGUUUAAUAUUUUUGAAAAAAACAUAAAAUAUCAUUUGUGUUGACUUGUUUAUAAAUAAAACAAAUAA